AUGUCUAUUCAACUUAUUAGAAAAGCAGUUCCUGAAGCGGACGAAGCUAUCAUUGAAUAUAUUGACGGAUACCUUCGAGAGAAUGACUUUGAAGACGAUGAAGAUGCCAUUGCUGAUUUUGUCAAGCCAAUUCUGAUUGAUGCAGGAGGAGAAGAAGACAAAAUCGACGAGCUUUGUGAGCACCUGUCCUCUUUAUUGCAAGCAAACAAAAAUUCAGGAGCAAAGAAAGGUUUAUCCAAGCUCGAACGCUCUGUCAACAUGAGUCAGCAAAAUAGUUUAUCGGCCACAGUCAAUCUGACAAGAGGUUCUGCAGAUCUGGAACAUGUCUCUGGUCGUCGUGUUCAAUCGCAAGUCAAUCAGGAAAAACUUCGUAAAGCAGAAGCCAAGAUCGCUGCCAAGAUGGCCAAACGUCAAGAAAAGAGCAACUUGAAAAUCGAAUACGAGGCUUCUCGUCUGCUGGACGAACAAAAAGCCCUGCAGGAACAAUACAAGUUAUAUAACCCCAUUCUGGAUUACACAACAACGAAAGGAAAGAAUAAGGAUAUUAAGAUUGAAAACUUUGAUAUUUCUUUUGCUGGUCGUCGUAUCUUGACAGAUGCCAACUUGACACUUGCUUUCGGUAGACGUUAUGGUGUCGUCGGUAAGAACGGUAUUGGUAAAUCAACGUUGUUGAGAGCUAUGGCUCGACGUGAAAUUGCCGUUCCUCAACAUAUCUCCAUUCUUUAUGUUGAACAAGAAGUCGUAGGUGAUGAUACACCAGCCAUUGAAAUGGUACUCCGUGCUGAUGUCUGGCGUGAACAUUUGCUUGAAAAGGAACGCGAUAUCUCAGGCAGAAUCAAUGCCAUAGAAGCACAACAAAAGGAUGAUGAUAUGAGUGAAAGUGAUAGAGAAGCAUUGGAAAACGAGAAAAACCAAUUGAACACGGAGCUACAAGAAGUCUUUUCAAAAUUGUCUGAUAUUGAAAGUGAUAAAGCAGAGAGCAAAGCAUCUGCUAUCUUGGCGGGUCUUGGUUUUGAUACCAGUCAACAAAAGAGGCCUACUCGUGAAUUCUCUGGUGGCUGGAGAAUGAGAAUUUCCUUAGCUCGCGCUUUGUUCUGUAAACCAGAUGUUUUAAUGCUUGAUGAACCUGAUAACAUGUUGGAUAUUCCCGCGAUUAUUUGGUUAGAAAGCUAUUUGAAGACGUGGCCAAACACAUUACUUGUUGUUUCACACGACAGAGAAUUCUUGGAUGAAGUGGCUACUGAUAUCUUGUACAUGCACUCUGAAAAGCUAGAUUACUAUAAAGGAAACUUUACCAAUUUUCAUGCAACAAAGGAGGAACGUCGUAAGGCGCAGCUCAGAGAAUAUGAGUCGCAGCAAGAGUACCGUAAGCACCUUCAAGAUUUCAUCGAUCGUUGGAGAUACAAUGCAAAGAGAGCGCCUCAGGCACAAUCCAAGAUCAAGAUUCUGGAAAAAUUGCCUGUGCUGGAACCACCUGAGGAUGAGAAGAUUGUGACAUUCCAGUUCCCUAACCCCGAUAACUUAUCACCACCUAUUCUUCAGAUGUCUGAUGUUACUUUUGGAUAUACACCCGAAAAGACCAUCAUUCGUGAUGUAAACAUUGAUUUACGUAUGGAUUCUCGUAUUGCAGUCGUAGGUCCCAACGGAGCUGGUAAAUCUACCAUGCUGAAGUUGUUGACAGAAGAAAACAAGCCAACGCAGGGCUUGGUACAUCGCAAUGGUCGUUUACGUAUUGCUUAUUUCACUCAGCACCAUAUCGAUCAAUUGGACUUGACAAAGAACGCAGUCGCUUUUAUGGCAGAUCGUUUCCCUGGUAAGACAGAAGAAGAGUAUCGUCGCCACUUGGGUUCAUUUGGUAUUACUGGUAUGGUCAGUCUUCAGGUCAUGAAAACCUUGUCUGGUGGUCAGAAAUCUCGUGUUGCAUUUGCUUGCCUAAGUUUGCAAAAUCCACAUAUUUUGGUUCUUGAUGAACCUACUAAUCACUUGGAUAUGGAAUCCAUUGAUGCAUUACAAACUGCCCUCGCACAAUUCAAGGGUGGUGUCAUCAUUGUCUCCCACGACGAAAGAUUUAUAAACACUGUAUGUAACGAAAUUUGGAUCUGUGAAGGUGGUGUCCUCAAGAAGUUCUCUGGAACAAUUAAGGAUUAUAAGGAAAUGAUUUGCCCAAAAGAUACUCCUUAG